CUCGUGGCUCGUACUGGGGAGAUAUACAAGCCUUCGUGCCCUCUCAAUGCUCACCCUUCCCCUUCCGUUCAUUCACUCUCACCUCGCCAGUUGCAAUUCACGUGCCAUCGGGUGGUUCUGAUCAUAUUCGGAUCGUAUCGGAACUCCAACCACGAUGUCAUCGGUCCAACAAUCGGGCUCGUGGUCCUCGCCCGGAGCUGUGAGCGGCUAUGGGGAGGACAUUUACCGGACCGUGAGCAAUGCCAUCUCGCGGACAUUCAGUGGCAAUGCCCGCAAGGAGUCCGAUUAUGCGGACAGUGAUGAGAGCAGCGAUGAAUCGAUCAGCAAAGCCAACGACUGGAAACUCAUGGACGAAGUGAAAGUGAUGGCUCAACAAACGCACGCCGAUGGCAGCAAAGACCGGAAACUGGGCGUCACCUGGAACAACCUCACCGUCAAGGGCAUCGGUGCCGAUGCAGCUUUCAAUGAGAACGUGUUCUCGCAGUUCAACAUCCCCAGAAUCAUUGCCGAGAAGCGGCAAAAGGCUCCCCUCAAGACCAUCAUCGAUAACAGCCAUGGUUGUGUCAAGCCCGGAGAGAUGCUCCUCGUUCUGGGACGACCCGGUGCUGGAUGCACGAGUUUGCUGAAGAUCCUCGCGAAUAAGCGGGCGGGAUAUGCCGAGGUCAGCGGCGAUGUCAUGUUCGGGGCCAUGGAUCACAAGCAGGCAGAGCAAUACCGUGGCCAGAUUGUCAUGAACACGGAAGAAGAACUCUUCUUCCCCACGCUGACGGUGGGUCAAACCAUGGAUUUCGCCACCCGUAUGAAGAUUCCACACAAGUUGCCGUCCACUUCCAAGGACCAUAUCGAGUUCCAGCACGCCCAACGAGAGUUCUUGCUAGCAUCAAUGGGAAUCGAACACACGCACGAUACCAAAGUGGGCAACGAAUAUGUUCGUGGCGUUUCUGGUGGUGAGAGGAAGCGAGUGUCCAUCAUCGAGACGUUGGCGACGCGAGGCUCGGUCUUCUGCUGGGAUAACAGCACACGAGGUCUCGACGCGAGUACCGCUCUGGAGUACACGCGAUGCAUUCGGGCCCUGACCGAUGUCAUCGGCCUCAGCUCUAUCAUCACUCUCUACCAGGCUGGUAACGGCAUCUACGAUCUCUUCGACAAGGUGUUGAUCCUCGAUGAGGGCAAGGAGAUCUUCUACGGACCACUUCCACAAGCAAAGCCAUUCAUGGAGGAAAUGGGAUUUCUGUGUGCCGAAGGUGCCAAUGUCGCCGACUACCUCACUGGUGUGACCGUCCCCACGGAGCGUAAGAUCAAGCCGGGAUUCGAGGACCGCUGUCCUCGUACUGCCGACGAGAUUCGUGCCCAGUAUGACCAAACCCCCAUUCGGGCUCAGAUGGAGAAAGAGUACGCUUAUCCCACAUCACAAGAAGCGAUCAACAACACAGCAGAUUUCAAAGAAGGAGUGCAAUCCGAGAAGGCUCCCAGUCUCGGCAAGAAAUCUCCUCUGACCGUGGACCUCUUGGUCCAGACCAAGUCUGCUGUCAUUCGCCAAUACCAACUGCUCUGGGGUGAUAAGCCCACGUUCUUCAUCAAGCAAGGCUCUACCAUCAUCCAAGCUCUCAUCGCCGGAUCUCUCUUCUACAUGGCACCUAAUAACUCGGCCGGUCUGUUCACCAAAGGUGGCGCUCUCUUCUUCUCGCUCCUGUACAACUCCCUCCUCGCCAUGUCCGAAGUGACAGACUCCUUUUCCGCUCGGCCCGUGCUCGCAAAACAUCGCAGUUUUGCUUUCUACCACCCGGCUGCCUUCUGUCUCGCUCAGAUCACUGCAGACAUUCCGAUAUUAAUCUUGCAAGUGACAUUUUUCUCCUUGCCGCUCUACUUCAUGGUGGGACUCAAAGACACCGCAUCUGCAUUCUUCAGCUACUGGGUCAUCUGUUACGCAUCGGCUAUGACUAUGACUGCCUUCUUCCGAUGGUGCGGUGCUGCCUUCCCGACUUUCGAUGACGCUUCCAAGGCGUCUGGUUUCGCUGUCAGUGCUCUCAUCAUGUAUGUGGGCUACAUGAUUCCGAAACCCGACAUGCACCCGUGGUUCGUCUGGAUUUACUGGAUCAACCCUCUCAGUUAUGGCUUUGAGGCGCUGUUGGGAAUCGAGUUCAAGAACACUAUCAUUCCUUGCGUUGCGCCAAAUCUGGUUCCUUUUGGUCCAGGCUAUACGGAUACAAACUACGCGGCAUGUACAGGCGUGCGCGGUGCUACCCUUGGCGCGUCUUUUGUCACUGGUGAACAGUACCUUAACGGUCUCUCGUAUAAGAGUUCGCACAUUUGGCGCAACUUUGGCAUUAUCUGGGCGUUUUGGGCUCUCUUUGUUGGAUUGACCAUCUACUCCACCAGCAACUGGUCCAUGUCAUCUGGCAACUCCGGAUUCUUGGUCAUCCCACGUGAGAAGCAAAAGAGUGCCAUGCACCUCGUCAAUGACGAGGAGAUGAACAUGGGUGAAAAGGCCGCCGUCGGCAAUCCAUCUGAGAAAGGGCAUGCGGACAAUGUUGACGACCAACUCGUCCGUAACACUUCUGUCUUUACUUGGAAGAACCUCACGUACACGGUGAAAACGCCCUCUGGCCCUCGCAUACUGCUCGAUAAUGUCCAAGGUUGGGUCAAGCCAGGCAUGCUUGGUGCUCUCAUGGGAUCCUCUGGCGCUGGCAAGACUACACUUCUGGACGUGCUCGCACAACGUAAGACUGACGGUACCAUCAAAGGUAGUAUUCUGGUCGAUGGACGUGAGUUGCCCAUCUCGUUCCAACGUUCUGCCGGCUACUGUGAACAGCUCGACAUCCACGAGCCUCUGGCCACCGUUCGCGAGGCUCUCGAGUUCUCUGCUCUGCUUCGUCAAAGCAGAGAGAUUCCUCGCGCCGAGAAGCUUCGAUACGUGGACACUAUUAUCGACUUGUUGGAAAUGCACGACAUUGAAAACACUUUGAUUGGAACCACACACGCCGGUCUGUCGGUCGAGCAGCGCAAGCGUCUCACCAUUGGUGUCGAACUGGUCUCGAAACCUAGCAUCCUCAUCUUCCUCGACGAGCCUACCUCUGGUCUCGAUGGUCAAGCCGCGUUCAACAUUGUCCGUUUCCUCCGGAAGCUCGCAGAUGUGGGUCAAGCCGUGCUGGUCACCAUCCAUCAGCCUUCUGCCGCCCUCUUCGCUCAGUUCGACACGCUUCUCCUCCUCGCAAGGGGCGGCAAGACUGUAUACUUUGGCGACAUUGGAGACAAUGGUUCCACCAUCAAGGAGUACUUUGGCCGUAACGGCGCCGCAUGCCCACCCAACGCAAAUCCCGCCGAGCACAUGAUUGACGUCGUUUCCGGCAGCAUCAGCAAGGACAAGAACUGGAACGAGGUCUGGCUCAACAGCCCCGAGUACUCGGCCAUGUGCACCGAGCUCGACCACAUCAUCGAUGACGCCGCCAACAAGCCACCGGGAACACUCGACGACGGCCACGAGUUUGCCAUGCCGCUCUGGGAACAAAUCAAGAUCGUCUCCAACCGCAUGAACAUCGCACUCUAUCGCAACACGGACUACGCCAACAACAAGCUCGCCCUGCACACCUUCAGCGCUUUGUUCAACGGCUUCACCUUUUGGAUGAUUGGCAGUGGCGUGCAAGAUCUCCAAUUGUCUCUCUUCACCAUCUUCAACUUCAUCUUCGUGGCACCCGGUGUCAUGGCACAGCUGCAACCUCUCUUCUUGGAGCGUCGUGACUUGUAUGAAGCGCGUGAAAAGAAGAGCAAAAUGUACCACUGGGCCGCUUUCGUCACUGGGUUGGUGGUCAGUGAGAUUCCGUACCUCUGCGUCUGUGCCGUCCUGUACUUUGUCUGUUGGUACUACACGGUGGGCUUCCCCACCGACAGCAACAAAGCCGGUGCAGUCUUCUUCGUCAUGCUCUUCUACGAGUUCAUCUACACGGGUAUCGGCCAAGCCGUCGCUGCCUACGCGCCCAAUGCCGUCUUCGCCUCCCUCGUCAACCCCCUCCUCAUCGGAACGCUCGUCUCCUUCUGCGGUGUCCUCGUGCCGUACCAACAAAUUCAACCGUUCUGGCGCUACUGGCUCUACUACCUCAACCCAUUCAACUACCUCAUGGGAUCCAUGCUCGUCUUCACGCUCUUUGACGAAAACGUCGAAUGCAAGACUUCGGAACUCGCCAUCUUCGACACGCCCAACGCCGGCCAAACAUGUCAGAGUUACUUGGCCGACUACCUCGCAGGUCCUGGCUUGCGGAACAAUCUGUUGAACCCGGAUGCGACGAGCGGAUGUCGGGUGUGCCAGUAUGGACGCGGAUCGGACUACUUGAGGACGUUGAACUUGAAUGAUUACAUUUAUGGAUGGAGAGAUGCGGGGAUUGUGGCGUUGUUUGCGUUUAGUUCGUAUGCUUGUGUGUAUGCAUUGAUGAAGUUGAGGACCAAGUCUUCGAAGAAGGCGGAGUAAAGCAGCAAUACAUUGAGGGAGAGAGGAGAGGGGAGAGGGGAGAGCAGAGGAUGAGAUGAUUACAACCACACUUGUACAUAUGGGAAAGAUCAAGACAUGAUUGGGGAUGGAUAUAUCUCGUAUCCGUUUUUGAGCGUGGAGUUGGGCAUAGAUAUGGGUAGUGGGAAUGACUUACUGCAGAACUAUGAACCUGGUGGUUACUACUAGAUAAAACUACUACUUGCUAGACAAAAUUACUAUUUGCUAGACAAUACUGC